UGCCAUUACAACAUGGCUGCCCCCAGCCUGCAUGCGAAGCGUGAAUGAAACAACGCGAUAAGCUCCGUGUACAAAUUGUGUACGCAGCAUCGUAGAAUAAUGUCAUUCAUCAAAGAAUUAUGUGAUCUUGCUAACACAGCACCAGAACUCGGCGAUCCUGAAGACGACGCGCAUGAAGAUACAAAAGCGAAGGUGCUUGAAGAUUUCACAGAGGGCUAUGAAGAUGUCGGUGUGGGAAAAAUAAGGAGCCGUCAGCCGUUGCCAAUAAGCGAUCCAAAGUAUGUCGGAAAGAAAACAUCGAGGAAAGAGCUACAAAAAUUGCAGUUUUCUAGUUCAGAGAGCGAAUCUUCGGAUGAAGUGUCAGAGCUCGAAAAUGAGGAGUCCCCGACAUCACCUGUCGACGCUAACAGAAGUGUCGGAGAAGGUCCCGAGGAUGAGGAUGUAGAGGAUGAAACGGAUGAAUAUGACGAGGAAGACUCUGAUGACAAUGCAGCAGAGCUAGCUGAAGAAGAGAGUGACGUAGAAAGCAUCGAGCGAGACGAAACAUUGGAAAAGCACAGGGACCUAGAAGAUGAUAUGGUACAAAAGUUUUCUGCUGUUGAUGUCACGGGAGAAAUAGAGAAGGGGAAAGCAGUACAGUCACAGUUACAGCUGUGGGACAACCUGCUUGAGUUGCGAAUCCAGCUGCAGAAAUUACUUGUCAUGGCAAACCGUUUUCCACGUUCUGACCGUUACACAGAGUUUAAACAGGGUCUCCUGUCUCAAGAUCAAAACCAAGGGCAAACCAUAGCUGCAGUACCCAGAGCUGUAGAAAAUGUAUUUCAUGCAUUGCUGGAUCUACAAGAGCAAAUGGUGGACAUGAACCCAGAAUUAAGCUCACAACUGGGAUCUCCAAAGCCUGGAAAGAAGGGACGGCCAUCUGGUUCCGAUGAUGACGAAAUUCCGAGUGACACAGAAGAUGAAGCAGACGACGGGAGAGGCGAGGAUGAUGAGACAAGCGAGGAGGAGGUAGAAGAGGCCCCACGAAAGAAACGGAGGAUCGGCGACGCAAUAAAAUCGGUCGCAUCUUUCCACGAAAAGUUUGUGCCUUUCAGGAACGGUACGAUAGAAAAGUGGUUCGAGCGGACACGCCUGGCAGCUGGGAAAAUAGGAAAGGGGUUCACCGCAUUUGAGCAGUCACCGAUGAAGCAGAUAGAACAUAUACUGGCCGACCAGCACAGGCUAAUACUCCGCACGCAAACCAAGAGGUCAUCGUACAAAGUACUUGGCGAAACAGAAGACGACAAGGAUAAUGAGGAGGAAAACGCAGAAAAUAAAGCUGUGGAUGAAGAAAUCUUUGACGACGACGACUUCUAUCACCACUUACUGCGCGAGGUCAUUGAAAGGAAGACUGCGAACAUCAAUAAUCCCGUGGCGCUCAGCAGGCAGUGGCUUGAGAUCCAAAAGCUACGAAGUAAGGUCAAGAGGAAAAUUGACACUAAAGCCAGCAAGGGACGUAGGAUGCGGUAUGAACCUAUUCCGAAGCUAGCAAAUUUCAUGGCACCUGUAGACACAACAACAUACUCUGAAGACGCAAGGACGGAGUUGUUCAACAGCCUGUUUGGACAGAAGAGUUAUGUCGUUGGCUUGUAAAAUAAGCAAACAUGCAGUUUUGCUAACCAUUCA